GAAGAAGAAGACGAAGACGACGACACAUCCUCGUUCAUGAAGAUCAAUUGAUUCCUGCUUCUUCACACCCUAAUCUCUCUCUCUCUCUCUCUCUCUCUCUCUCUCUUGCAUACUCACAGAUUCCAAAUUUCGAAGAAGAAGAAGAAGAAGAAGAAAUCGACGGAGUUGCGAUGGACCCUUGCCCAUUUGUACGGCUCACCGUUGAUUCUCUGGCGCUAAAGCUGCCGGAGACGGCCAGUAACAAACCAUCCGGCGGUGGAGUACACCCUUCGGCGACGCCGUGCUACUGCAAGCUCCGGAUCAAGCACUUUCCCUCCCAGACAGCCCUUCUCCCACUCUCCUCCUCCUCUUCUCCGCCGGAAUCCGCCGCAUCGUCGCCGGGGUUCCACCUCGACGCCGAAGCUCUCCGGAGGAUAUCCGGCAAGAAGAUCCCCCUCCGCGUGUCGGUCUACGCCGGUCGGAUGGGCCGCACGUGCGGCGUAGCCUCUGGGAAGCUCCUCGGACGCGUCGAUGUGGCCGUGGAUCUCGCAGCGGCGAUCGCUAGAACCGUCGUGUUCCACAGCGGAUGGAAGAAGCUCGGCGGAGAUGGAGAGAAGGAGAAACCAUCAGCGAGGCUUCACCUGGUGGUUAAGGCCGAACCUGACCCCAGGUUUGUGUUCCAAUUCGGCGGCGAACCGGAGUGUAGUCCGGUGGUUUUCCAGAUUCAGGGGAAUAUCAGACAACCUGUGUUUAGCUGCAAGUUUAGCGCCGACCGUAACGGAAGAUCUCGAUCUCUACCCUCAGGUUUCACAUACAGCAGCCGAGGGUGGAUCACGAGAACACUAUCGGGAGAAACUCGGGAGAAGAAACAAGCAAAGGAGCGAAAAGGAUGGAUGAUAACGAUCCACGAUCUCUCUGGCUCACCUGUAGCGGCAGCGUCAAUGAUCACUCCUUUUGUACCUUCACCAGGCUCGGACCGUGUCUCUCGUUCUAACCCAGGAGCCUGGCUGAUCCUUAGGCCACACGGUAACUCAGUCAGCAGCUGGAAGCCAUGGGGCCGCCUCGAGGCUUGGCGCGAACGAGGUGCCAUUGAUGGCCUAGGUUACAGUUUCGAGCUUGUACGAGACAACACUACAACCACUCGCAUCCCAAUUGCAGAAGGAACAAUGAGCGUGAAGAGAGGAGGAAAGUUCAGCAUAGACAGCAAACUGACGAGAGAGAUACAAAGAUCAUCGCCGGUGAAAGGGUUCGUGAUGGGAUCGAGCGUGGAAGGGGAAGGGAAAGUGAGCAAGCCGGUAGUAGAGGUGGGAGCUCAGCACGUGACGUGCAUGGCCGACGCUGCUCUGUUCGUGGCUCUGUCCGCAGCCGUUGACCUCAGCAUGGACGCUUGUCAGCUCUUCUCUCGCAAACUCAGGAAAGAGCUUUGCCACGAUGAACACUGCUCUCUUUCUUGAACACCAAGAACCCAUGACGGAGACAAGAACUUAUACCGACCGGUUAUGACUGACUAUGUUUCAGGAUGAUUUCGGUUUUUGGAUUGUGCUUUUUUUUCCCCCCAUUUCAGGUAAUUCGUUGAUUGGUUUGUUAAUACGUUGAGGGUUUUGAUUUCGAUGAGAAAAUUGUACAGACAACGGUCUAGUGUUGUUUGUAUUUAUUCAUUUAUUUUCAUUCUUUCCCUGUUUUUAUGGUAAAUGGUAUAAUAAAUUAUAUAUAUGUAUA